GACUAUUUAACACCAGAUGGGCCAUGAGCUCAUCCACCUAUCGUUGUAAUAAAAAAAAGGUCAAGUUGUGUGAUUUUUUAUAGUUAAUUUAGUAUUUCUUCAUCUUGAAACGUGUAAUAAUACGGAAUUAGUGACCACUUGGGAUCUCUGAGAUAGAUUGAGCGAAGCACCGAUCUUGUUAGGGCUAGUGUCAGCAAAGACUUUCAGGCUGACCCCAUGAACUCGGCCACCAUCUUUGGUAAAGUCAGAGUGGCCCCUCGAGGCUACUGGCAGUUAAGUAGAUAACAGAAUCAUCCAAGAAAAAUCACUAAGAUGGCAUGAUUUACUUUUCAUACCUACUACACGCUUUCGCUCUUUGUUCCAAAAGAUUUGACUGUACGCCAAUUUUUUUUCUUUGCCUCACCAAGAGACCGAUCGAAAAAACCAAAAUGUCAACAAUUUUGACUGUCAACAUUGUUGUAAACAAUAAACAAAGAUCACUCGUCGAAAUGCACGAAUUUUACCAAAAAAUGAUUUAACACAUAUAAGUAUUCAAAACACAAUUUAACAUAAUUACAUAUUAAAAUAUUCAAUGGAACCGCCGCCGUCACCAUGGAAGAGACCAAACGAAGUUAUGCAGCUACACAGACUGAAAAAACGGAAGAAAGCGUUACAGAAGCGCAUGAGACAGCCGCUAGCGUCGACUAGUGCAGAGCCAAGCGGUAAAAAAUGUUUAGACUUAAACUUCUCCAGGAUAUUAGAUGGAGAAAAGAGAAAAAAUCCAUUCUCAAAAAACAACACUCAAGAAUUUAAGAAGCCAAAACUAGAAGACACGCAAUUAGAUGAGUCAAAUGAUAAAACUUUAUUUGCCUUAUUAAAUUUACCAGCAAAAGUAACAGAAAAACCUACUCAAGAGCUCAACACGGAGAAGCUGUCUACAUUCUCAAAUUUAUUACAAAAAUUCACAGCUGAACAUUCAAUUGAAACAAAUCAAAUUGAAAAGAACUCCAAAUAUUUACCUAUAGACUGGGCUCUCACAACAAAACUUCGAUUAAUGUCUCCCAAGCCUUUUGCUUGGACAUCAAAGUUAAAAGCCAGUGAAGAAGCUUCUGGAAUCACUGGAUUUGUCCGCUGUCUGGACACAACCACAUCGACGACAUUAGACACGUCCUCUCGCGCUCGUUUCCACCAGACCUGCCUGUAUUGGCAACACCCACACUUACCCUGGUUAGAAAUGUUCCCGCGCUCUUCAGGCAAGGUAACAGCCACCAGUUUUUUGGCCACAAACGAGGAAGUCAAGAAAGCUUUAUACGAUGAAUGGACUGAGAGUUUUCGAUCAUUGUUUCAGUUAGUUCGUGCACUGCACUGCCCCUACUUCUACGUGUGCGCGAACACAUUCACAUGCCUCUUUCGUGCGGCCGGCCUCUGCGGCGUCUCUGAGCCCUGCGCCCUAAUAGCUCCCACUACUAGAGGAUUCCGACAAACUCUUCGCCAAGAAGAUGUCGAAUUCACAAUGCCGCUUCGACCAGAGAGCAAAAAGAAACUAAAUACAUCAGAUGAAGACAAACCUAAGAAUUCAUCGUUCGACAGCUGCUACGAGACGAUGGACGAUAUGGGGGUACGGGACCCACUCGAGGAAAAAGAGGAAGAUGAAGAGGACGACCAGUUCCUCACGCAGCUCGGUUUUGAGAAUGAUAUUAUUAAAAACAUUAAUAUUAUGCAGGCUCGUUUGACGAACUCUGUAGAGAGCAGCGUGGACAGCGCAGCCGAAUCAUUGGUUUUGGUUCGGGGCGCAGACGCACAAGCUUUGUUCAAUUUUCUACUUAACUGCAAAUCGCUCGUGAGCCCUACUGGGCCAUUUGCGGGCGUACCACCAACGUUACUGUCUCCCACCGCCUUCCAUGGAGGAACGUUGCAGUCUUUGAAGGUCCGAGAAAACACAAUACAUUCCGAUAGCAAAAAGUACUACUCGAUAGAGCUGCGCGGCCCAAUACUUCCCACUGCCGUACAUUCGUUAUUCAAAGUUCUUAAAACGAACUCGUCAGCUCAAUUUAGCGCCACUUUUGCUCACCAGCAGUCGACGCUUGCGUUCUCGUGGGCGUCAUCACUAAUGACUGAAGGUGAACCGUCAAAAGAAAACGAAGCGAACCACUUUACUAAAGCCUUUAACAAAGAGAACCUCUCAGACUGCGGACUAUCCGAAGACAUGUUGCAACACUUCUGCUCGCCCGACCCCGCAGUUGUUAAAACUUUGGACAGCGUCAAAUAUAACACAGAAGACGAUACUUACUCGUACUGAAGAGUUUUUAUUGCGAUUAUUGUUUUGAUUUCUUUUUUGUUUGUUUUGUGAAUUGAAUUCAUAUUGUGAUCAUGAAUUAAAUAUUUUUGAAAAGAAA